UAAAACCUAUAAAUAUGAACUUUCUUAAAUUCAAGACACAUUUCAGCAUACUAGGUGGUAGGCAUGUUCUUAGAAGCUAUUCUAACACCAGAAUGAUAGCAUUAUUAAGUGAUAUAUGUCAUUGUUUUGAACCAUCAAAAUAUACCUUUUGAGCCUCAAAUAUCAUUAACUCGAAUCCUAUUUAUUUGGACCCCAGAAAUGCCUACUGGUACCCCAAGGCAAACUGAUAUUUGGUGAAGUGUAAUCGAAAGGAUGUUGGAAUGGUAAGAGAAUGUGCCUUUAACUGAUCAUGGUUAAAAUAUUCUUCUUUCAGGACACUUACCAGGAUACAUCACUACGUGAAUGCAUUGCUAAGGCCUUGCUGAAGGUCUUGGAAGGGGCCAGAACUAAUAAGGGGCCAUAAAACUUGUUUCACUAACUUCAUGUUAUCUUUUUCACUCUCUUUAAGAAUAUCAAUAUCUUGUAAAUAUUCUCAGACCAAAAAAAAAGGAAGGGCUCUAAAGUAAAAUGCUGAUGACAUUGUGCAGAUAAAAUAAAGUAUAAUAUUUCUAUAUUAAUAAAAAUGUGUGUUUGUUACUAACAAAAUAACAAAUACUGUUGAUCUACUUUAGAAUUUAAUUUAUGUUGUAUCAGUAAAUACUUUGUUUUAUAUGGACCCCUCCUAUUUUGGGAUGAAGGAGAUUGUAAAGAUUACUAAAGUAAGAUGUAAAAAUUAAUUUUCUCACCACACAUACGAAGGAAGAAAGCAUCGGUAGUUCAGUGGUAGAAUUCUUGCCCUCUGUUUGUUUAGACGAUGCGAUAUGAAAGAUAAUACAAGCAUGUCUGUUUUUUCUCAGAAGAGAUAACUGGACUAAAUGGACCAAAAGAACCUAACGAUGAUGACUGAAUUCAUUCUAAUCGGAGUCACAAGGCGCCCUGAACUGCAGCUUCCCCUUUUUGGGGUCUUCCUCCUCAUCUACAUGAUCACAGUGAUGGGAAACCUAGGCCUGAUCAUCCUGACCAAGGUGGACUCCCGCCUACACACUCCUAUGUAUUUUUUCAUCAGACACCUGGCCGUCAUUGAUCUUGGUAAUUCUACUGUCAUUUGUCCCAAGAUGCUAGUAACUUUUGUUGUGAAUAAAAAUACCAUUUCUUAUUAUGAAUGUGCCACACAGCUGGCUUUCUUCAUUUUGUUCAUUAUCAGUGAACUUUUCAUCUUGUCGGCCAUGGCCUAUGACCGCUAUGUGGCCAUCUGUAACCCUCUGCUCUACAAUGUUAUCAUGUCCCCAAGACGUUGCCAUGUGCUUGUGGGUAUUCCAUACAUUUAUAGUAUCUUUCAGUCUCUGAUGUUCACCAUUAAGAUUUUCACAUUGACCUUCUGUGGCUCUAAUGUCAUCAGUCAUUUCUAUUGUGAUGAUGUCCCCUUGAUACCUAUGCUCUGCUCAAAUACACAAGAGGUACAGCUGUUGAUCAUAAUGUUUUCAGCAUUUAAUUUGAUAUCCUCCCUCCUGGUUGUCCUGCUGUCCUACCUGCUGAUUCUGAUAGCCAUAUUUCGAAUGCAUUCUGCUGAGGGCAGGAGAAAAGCUUUCUCCACAUGUGGUUCUCAUCUGACAGUGGUGGUUGUGUUCUAUGGGUCUCUACUAUUCAUGUAUGUGCAGCCCAAAUCUGCUCAUUCUUUUGAUACUGACAAAAUGGCCUCAGUGUUUUACACUUUAGUCAUUCCCAUGCUUAACCCCUUGAUCUACAGCUUAAGGAAUAAAGAAGUAAAAAGUGCCUUCUACAGGGUCAUUAAGAAUCCAUGCAAUCUUUGUAUUUAAUAUUCAAUAUGCAAUACUGUUUUGAGGCAAAUGUACUGGAAAUUAUCUCUAAAACAUUUUCUUUGGCUGCAAAGCUAAGACUGAUUAUAAAGCAAAGACAAAUGCUCUGUGCCCAUUAUAUUCAUUCAAAUUAAUUCUCAUAAUGUAUAUUUCAAGUUAAAUGUCAUUUCUUGCCCAAAAUGGCAAGCUUCUAUUCAUUCUUUCCUUAUGUGAUUUUAUAGAAACUCAUAUUUCCCUAACGAAAAGAUUUGUCAGGCACCUCAUCAGUAAACCGUGUGUUUGUUUCAAUGUUGUUUUUGUUUUCAUUAAGAACGGAAUGUUCUCAACCUUGCUUUCAUGUCUUUUCUUAGACUAAAUUAAUACUAAAAUAAGUAAUCAAAACUGGAGACAAAGUGUUACUGGUGUUCCUGUCGACCCCAUCAGUAAUUAGCCUUGUGUGUCUCCUACUGUGAUAAUCAUUUCUUAUCUAUGUGCUGCUCCAACAUAUGUGAAGUGUGCUAGAUAAUUUUGAUCAGUUAUAUAAUUUGACAUCCUUCCUUCUGAGAAAACUAGUCCUGCAUGCUGGUUCUCACUACCCUAUUCUUCAUGCACAGACAGUAGUUAGAAAAGAAAAAAAAAAAUGAAAAGUGAAUAGAGACGGGGAGAGAAAAGGAGGAAGGAGAAAAAAUAUUAAGGAUGCCUGAUGUGAAGGACUAUUUAUUAAAGGUAAUAACUGAUGGAGAUUAUGAUGAUUAAAAAAGAAUUCUAAAACCAAGAGAACAUAUUGGCAUGCUUUCUAAGUCUUAUUUUCAAUGUAUUGGAGAAUAUUAUAUGUAUAAAGAAGGAAGAUCAAUGUAUAAAAAGGGCAUAUUACUCUAGAGUGAACAAUUGUAUUGCUCAACAUCCACGUAUUUUAUUAAAGGCAAAAUGUGGAUAUUGUUACACUUCAUUUGUAGAGGAUGUAUAAGGGAUGGUAAGCUGAAUUCUACUGAAUGCAUCGAUAUUAUACUGAAGCAGUAAAUACUUUCACCAUUAAUUUCUUUUUGUUCACUAAAAGACUGUGGGAACAAAUAUUUAUGAUAUUUCCAAUUUUUAUUCCUUUCAAACUAACAAAAAAUCUUCCUAUCUUCCAUGUUGCCUUCAUCUUCAUUAGGUUAAUUACAAAACCCUUGUCAAGGGUCAUAAUUUACUCAAAACAAAAAUGAAAUAGUGUUUACUCUCUGUUUUUCCUUGGCAUAGACAGAGUUCUAAGAAAAAAUUCUGAAUAGCUCAAUAAGAUGGCUGGUAAAACAAGAAAGUAAAGACAUUUACCAUAGUGCUGAUGGUCCUUACCCCAUCUUGAUUUUGUUCUAGUCUCCACAAGGAUGUGUGCCACUAACCCAGAGAAGUACAAACUUUAGUAUAUUAUGCCUAAAGUGCAUAUUUUCUUCAUUUUUUUGGAAACCUAAUAGUAUCUGACAGAGCUAGAAUAUAUGUGCAAUACCCAAUACUGAACUAAAGCAGAAACCUUGUCAAAAAUGCAGAAUGAUUACAUAUUUUGGAAAGAAUCAAAACUGUUCAAGAAGUGACAACAAUUUAUGUCAGAAAAGCUACUAUGGUAAAACAGGUAAACAGAAUAAUAUUUAUGUAAUCAUAAAAUUACAGAUUUCUAGGUGUUUUAAUUUGGAGUGUUAUUGAGUAUAAUGCGGUUUACAUAUUUUAUAUGAUUUAAUAUGUACCUAUACAUAUUUAUGUAUGAUUUAAGACCACACUGAAUCAACAUAAAGGUAUAUUAGAAGCUCCAAAAAAUUGAUCUCAGAUAGAAGAAACACACACACCAUUGCUUUGUCAAUUCCAAAUCAUGGUGACCAUGCGUGUGUCAGAAUAGAACUGUCCUGCAUAAGGGUUCAAUGGCUGAUUCUUCAUAAGUAGAUCCAAAGGUUUUUCUUUAAGUCAUUCCUGGGUGGAUUCCAAACUCCAACCUUUUGGUUAGCAGCCUGAGGUUGUGUGUGUGUAUCCAUAUAUAUAUAUAUGUAAGUAUGUAUGUAUGUACAGAGGAAACCCUGGUGGCAUAAUGGUUAAGUGCUACUGCUGCUAAACAAAAGGUCGGCAGUUCAAAUCCAUCAGGCACUCCCUGGAAACUCUAUGGGGUAGUUCUACUCUGUCCUAUAGAGUCGCUAGGAGUGGGAAUUGACUCGACGGCACUGGGUUUGGUUUUGUUGUUUUUUUUUAUGUAUAUACAGAGACGAUGAACAAAAAUGCAGUAGCUAAUAUAAACACCACAUUGGCUUGAUUUUUUUUAACACAAACGUUCAUUCAAUAUAAACUUAUAUAUUUAUUAAGCCAAACUGUAAAAAUCUACUUCAUCAUGAAAUGUAUUUUUUCUGUAUUUUGCAGAAAAAGUACAAAUCUUAAAAAACUCAAGAAAUGGAUAAAUUGAAGAAUUUGAUGAACAGAGCAUUAAUAGACAACACAUUGAAGAGCUGAAAUAUGUGUUUAUAAUAAUUAUUUAUUACGGUGAAAUUCACAACACAAUCAUUUAAAAGUGUUCAAUUCAGUGGCUUUUAUUACAUUCACAAUAAUGUGUAACCAUCAGGUUUAUCUAGCACAAGAUAAUUUUUAUCACUCCAUAGAUGUCCUCCUAUAGAUUAGGAUACCUCUCCUGAAGUUCUCUACCUCCACACAGCCCCUGACAACCAUGAAUCUGAUUUUUGUCUCUAUGGCUUUUCCUAUUCUGCUAUUGCAUAUGAGUAGAAAUGUUCAAUAUGUGAUCUUCUGAUUUUUUGCUUUUCUUACUUAGCAUUAGAUUUUCCAGUUUCAUCCACAUCAUAGCAUGUAUUGCUACUUCAUUUUUUAUGAGAGAAUGAAUGAAUAUACUGUAUUUUCUUUAUUCAUUUAUCUGCUGAUGGACAUUGAGUUGUUUCUACUUUUUUUUGCUAUUGUGAAUUUGCUUCUAUGAACAUUCAUGUAAAAUUUUUUGUUUGAACAUGUUUUCAAUUCUUUUCGGUAUAUACUAGAAGAGGAUUUGCUGCACCCAAAGGCAAUUUUACAUACUGCAACAUUGGUUGUAGUAUAUAUUACUUAUGGUAAGAUACAUAAGAAAAAAAAAAACAGAUGGUCUUAAGUGUGGGUCCUUGUUACUCGAAUAAUUCAUAAGUUGGGGAUUACGGGUAUCUCCCAUUUUUGAAAGUUUGCUUUACACCACUUCACUUUUAUGAAAGGCCUGCAUUAGUACUUUUUUUCACUGCUGGAAGUCCUAGCUAGAACAAUAAGCCAAGAAAAAGAAAUAAAGGGCAUCAAAAUUGGUAAGGAAGAAGUAAAACUAUCCCUAUUGGCAGAUGUUAUAAUACAGUACAUAGAGAGCAGCCCUGGUGGCGCAGUGGUUAAACAUUUGGCUGAUAACCAAAAUGUUGGCAGUUCAAACCUACCAGCUGCUCCUUGGAAGUCCUAUGGGCCAGUUCUACUCUAUUCUAGAGGAUUGCUAUAGGUUGGAAUCAACUCGAUGGCAAUGUGGUUGGUUUUUGGUUUUUUAUACAUAAAGAACCCAGAAGGCUCCACAUUAAAACUACCGGAACUAAUAGGAAGAUUCAGCAGAGUAGCAGGAUACAAGACAUACAAAAAUCAUUUGGAUUCCUAUACACCAAUACAGCGAACUAUGAAAAUGAAAUCAGAAAUACCAUUUAUAAUAUCCCUUAAAAACAAAUAAACAAACAAACAAAAAAAAACUUAGGACUAAAUCUAACCAGGGACUUAAAUACCUGUACAAAGAAAACUACAAAACCUUACUUGAAAAAACCAAAAGAGACCAUCAUAAAUGGAAGAACACACCAUGUUCAUGAAUCAGUAGGCUCAACAUUGUGAAAAUGUCAAUUCUACCUGAAGCAAUCUAUCAAUACAAUUAAACCAGAUCCAAAUACCAACAGCAUUAUUUAAUGAGAUAGAAAAACUAAUCAUUAAUUAUAUGGAAUAUAAAGAGGCCUCGGAUAAGUAAAACACUAUUGAAGAAGAAGAAUAAAGUAGAAGGUCGCGAACUACCUGACCUCAGAACCUACUAUAUUACUACAGUAGUCAACAAAACAGCCUGGUACUGGUACAACGACAAAUACUUGAACCAAUGGGACAGAAUCGAGAACCCCAGUGUAAGUCCAUUCACCUAUGGUUGCCUGACAGAAUUACUGGGCUGAGGAAUGGGGACCAUGGUCUCAGAAGACCAAGCUCAAUUGGCACAAUGUAGUUAAUAAAGAAAACAUUCUACAUCCUACUUGGUUGAGAAGCAGCUGCGGUCUUAAAAUCUUCUGAGUGGCCAUUUAAGAUACUCCACUGGUCCCACCCUAUCUGGAGCAAGUAAGAAUGAAUAAAACCAAAGACACUAGGGAAAGAUUUGUCCAAAAGACUAAAGGGCCACAACUCCCACAGCCUCCACCAGACUGAGUCCAGCACAGCUAGAUGGUGCCCAGCUACCACCACCAACCACUCUGACAAGGAUCAUAAUAGAGGGUUCCCAUGUGAGCUGGAGAAAAAUGUAGAACAAAAUUGAAACUCAUAAAAAAAGACCAGAGUUACAAGUCUGACAGAGACUGGAGAAAUCCUGAGAAUAUGUCCCCCGGACACUUUUUUAACUCAGUACUGAAGUUGCUUCUGAGGUUCGCCCUUCAGCCAAAGAUUAGGUAGGCCCAUAAGAAAAAACAACAAUACUCAAUCAUGUAUAAGAGACUAAAUGGGCACACCAGCCCAGGGGCAAGAAGGAAAGACAGGAAGGGGCAGGAAAGCUGGACAAAUAAAACACAUUUGUCAAAGCUCAUCAAUGUGUCAGCGUGUUUCAUUGUACUUAAUGUUUCCGCAAUUCUUGUACAUAUGGAAGUCACCAAGGAAGGAGGCAUGGGUAAAAUUUUAUAAGAGACAAGAUAUAUUCUCUUACAAGUAAAUUUGACUCACUAUGAGGUCCUACUGAACAUUACCCAACUCUGGUGAUAUGACAGCUAAGGAACUCCUAAAGUCAGGGCAAUUAUGUGGUAACACAUUGCAUUACAAUAAUUCUUAUGGGUUUGUCUUAUGAAAGGGAAGGUAAAUAUAUCCUUAUUUAGAGGUGUGGGACAGGAGAGGUAAAGUUUUAAUUUCAAAUCCUCUGGUUAUUAAUUAUGUAAUUUUUUAAAAUUUCAGGCAAUUAUACAGUUCAGCUGAGGUCACCUUCUUCUGAAUAUGAGAUUCCCAGUUGCUUUAUAGAACGUUUUGACUCGUGGCAGCCCCAUGUGUGUCAGGGCAGGACUGCACACUCCACGGUUUCCAAUGGCUGACUUUUAAAAACCAGAAUGCCAGGCAUUCCUUCUGAGGCUCCUUUGGAUGGACUUGAACUUUCAACCUUCUUGGUUAGCAGCAGAGCGUGUUAAACGCUUACACCACCCAGUAAAUAUGGAAAUAGCAUGGGUUAAAUUAUGAGUUAAAUGUUGAGUUUAACAUAUGUAUGAGCCAAUUCAUAUAUAUACAGCACAGUGCCUGGCACAUAUUUCUUUUGGUAAUAAAUUUGUAGAAAAAUCCUAGGUCAUGAUAAUAAUGGUAUUUACUAUUUCAUCAUG